AUGAAACUUGCAGAUCAUGACACUUACAGUACAGCUUCAGUAUCAGCACUGGAGCCAGCAGGAUAUCAGAAGGCAUCCACAGCUUCAGGCACAAAGAGAAAAAGACAAUCUGAUACAGAUUUAGACGAUCUCCAACCACUUGAAAAGAAAGUCCUGUGCUUAAUUGCAAUGAAUUACCUUGAUACUACACUGCCACAGAGCAGGGAUGAACGCAAUGAGUUUCAGAAAUACUUGCAAGAAAUGAAGGUCCUCAUUACAGGUGUUUCUGUAGGAAGUUUAGUAAUAACAGUAAAGUUUGAUUUUCUCAAGAGCUUGGAGAAAUUAUGGGAACAUUACUCAUGUAGCCACCUGGAUAAGAUGGUUCAAGAUUGUUUUGUGACUGAAAAGAUCUUGAAGGAACUUAACCUGGCAGAACUGAAGCUGAAAACAACAAUGGAAGAAGAAGAGUACAAAGCAUACAAACUGUACUUUCUUGAGAAGGAUGCACUCAGAGGUCAGUUGAAAGAAAGAAAAAGGCUUGGUCCUGUGGAAAAAUGUUUUGAAAUGAUUAAAAACAUAACGCAUCACUCAUUCAACAUAGUGCACCAUGGGGUUAAUGCACAUGUAGAGAGAGGUCCAGGUUUUGAUCAAGAUAGAACCAAUUGUCUUAUCACUAAACUCGUGCUGACUACGUGUAUGUAAGCCAUGACAAUCUGCAGUGAGAGGGGAUUUGUUUUCAAGACAUUUCUUAUAAUAACCUUUCUGUCUGGUUAUAUUUGUCCUAGGUCCAAUUAUAAAUAAAAUAAAAUAAGCUAUAAUAUAGAUUGGCAAGAUUUUUGUUGGAGGAGCUAUACAAGAAAAUGUUACUCUUAUUUGUGUGUGGGGUUUUUAUAAAAAAUGAUUUGAAGUGUGUUUUUUGGUUUUAAAUGUCAGUAUUGAAUGAUUACCUCAUUAUUUGUUUUCUUUUAAAUCUGAUUUUAGGUGUUUUAACUUCUGGAUUCCACUCCACAAGUUCAACUAGCCAAAGUCCACAAAAACAAGAAGAGCUGAAAAAACAGAAACAGAAGACAAAGAUUGUUGAGACAGAGAAACUGAAAGGUGAAAACAAAAUUAAAAGACAUUAUGUUGUCGUGAACAGUAAUAACAAUUUAUUAUUUGACCAAGCUUUGAAGAAUUAUCUCAAUAAUUAUCUGAAAGGUGAAAACAAAAUUAACCCUCUAAGUCUCAAGAUUUCAUCAGUAAUUCUCCUUACUGUCUGCCAUACAGGUCGUGUGACGUUAGUUUGGGGAAUUUGGUAUUGGAUCAACUUAUUAUCACCUUAUUGAAAUUUUUUUUUAUUCCCGUCACUUGUGUGCUUGAUACUGUAUAGAUAUUGUAAGCAGAAAUUCUGUCUUGGUCACACAUGGAAGUUGAAGGGUUAAAGGAGGUAUUAAGUUAUCAUGGAAAGUUGUUGUGAACAGUGGCAACAAUUUUUUAUUUGACAAAACUUUGAAGAAUUAUCUCAAUGCAGUAAUGUAGCAUUAGUAUUAUUUUAAAGAGUACAACCUAUGAGAAACAACAUACAGCAUAUCUGAAGAGAGGCUGUGAAUGCUAAUCUCCCCCUGUACUUUGCUUCACCCCUCAAUUGUUUCUUUCUUAACAUAUGAAAUAAAGGUUCUAACGUGGCCUCUUAAACUUGAAAGAGAGCCAGCCGCAAGCAGGAAAUCAUCAUGUUCACACCCAAUUGAAGAAGCGUUUCUUUAUUUUCCUUUAUCGUGAUGUUGCUGUAUAGUGUGAGAGUCAGGAUUUUGGAUGAAGUAUUUAAGGGUCUGUUAAAAAGAGAGAAAAAACAAGUGAAAUGUCAUGCUGGGGGGGAGCAAGAAAAUGUCUGCAUUUCUGUAAUAGAGAGAGUCCAUAAUAGAGAGUCUAUUUCAGUCCUUUUUCUACAUGCUUCCCCAGGGGCUAGUGCUUGUCUGCAGUGGGGAGGUGUCUGUAGGGCAUGAGUCAACUGUAGAUUAAUCCAAAUUUGGCAUUGUCUCAUUCUCUACUUAAGCUAAAGGUGGUAAUGAGUCCCCAUGUGGUAAAAAUACAUAAUGGUUGUUUUCAACAAUGUUCAUAUUGUUAUAAUGGAGAACUGACAUUAUUUUACUUUAACAUGACUAUAAUUUGCUGUUUGCAUAGGUAUACCUGUUGUUAUCUUUUCUGUGUAAAGUUAGACACUGAAGUUUGAAAAUCUCUGUAUACCUUUGCUCCCAGGUUCUUCACCUCCCCCCCUUCUCUCCACCACUGAUCUUGAAGAAAAGCUAGGAAAAGUAUGUGUGGACAUUAAGAGGUUGAGAAUGGAAGGUGAAUAGAAAAAUUCAUGUCAUCAGUUUUGGGGAGAAACUGAUCUAAGAAUGCUAAUGACUGUCCAUAAAGUUUGCUGAAGUUUAGAAAUGAGCUAAAAUAGUAAAAGGUGAAAACCAAACAUUUUGGUCACUAGGUCAUCAUAAUGACCUAGUGUCAAAAUGUUUGGUUUUUAAUUUUUUAAAAUAUUUUAGCCAUGUAAAUAGCUCGAUGCCCUUAAAUGUUUUUCAUAUUUUUUCUAGUUAUUACUCUCAAGAGUAUUCCCUUUAUGAGAUAUGAACCUUUUUCUGUCCUUAGUUUCACCCAAGACUACUGUUUAAUGCUCUCGGCUAUUAGUUAGUAAGUUUUCUGUCUUUACUUUCAUCCAAGAAUGCUGUGAAAUGCUCUCAGCUGUUAUUCUGUGGCUUAGUUUUAUUAUGGAACAUAUCUUCUCUUCACUUUUGCCUCUUAAUCCAUAACUUCAGUCAAAGUUAUCAUUAAAUUGGCUGUGGCAUAUGAUAUUGAAGCAAUAGUUAUAGAUAGCUAAUUUAACAAUGAUGUAAUGGAAAACUAUCACCAUUGUUAUUUUACUUGACCUCAAUACAUAUUAGUAUGCCUUCACUUUUUAUAUCAGAUGAGGCACUAAGUGCUAAACAUAUUUCUGUGUACCUUUGCUCUCAGAUAGUUUUCCUGUCCUUAAAUUUUCAACCAUUGAUCUUAAGAAAAAACUAGAAGAACUGAGCAUGAAGCUUCAGAGGCUCAGAAGGGAAGGUGAAUAUAAAAUGUUUGUUGAUUCAUUAUUAGAGAGAAAUAAAUCCAAGAAUGCUGUUAAAGGCUUUAACCCUUGUAUCAAAUUAUCACUUUUCAAGGAAAAUUAUUUCUUAUUUAAAAGAACCUCUUAUCUGAGUUUAUUACUAUUGAAGAAUGCUUCCACUUCUUGUUCAAAUCAUUCAUUUUCAUGAGAAAUUAUUCCUUAGUAAAGACAGUCCCUCUUCCUUUAUAAUUAUUAAGUGAGAUAGCUAUCUAAUACUUUCAGUGCUUCACAUGACCCCAACAUAAUGUGCAGUGUUAGUCAAAUGUCUGAUUUUGACCAUUUAUGUAAGGUAAGGCACUGAAUGCUAAAUACAGUGUAUCCUUCUGUUUACCUUUCCUUUCAGGUACUUUGCCUCCCCCUGAACUCUUUACUGCUGAUCUUGAAGAAGAACUAAAACAACUACGUACGGAACUUAUCAGGCAAAGAAUGAAAGGUGAGUGUGUAUUGACUCCACUGAACAGGGCAAAAGAAAUAUGAAAGUGAUGCACUAGUAUUUUAGGCUUGAUUUUUAAGUAACAAGCUGAAAAGCGAAACACUUUCUUUUAGUUUUUAUAUAGAACUCCUAGUUAUAUUAUUUUCUCAAAUACCUAAGCCCUGCAUGCAACUUCUAAAACAUCUGCAACUACACAUUUAAUAAUGUGUAUUUACUCUUUAUUUAAGAAAACCCCUCCUCAUAUAAUUCUAUCAACCAAGUAUGGAGUUUAAAAAUUCUUUAAACCAUUUUGUUGUUUACUUCUUCUCUCAGGUGGAGAACUUAAAAGACAAGGAGAGAAAGGUGAGUAAAACAUGUGUAUUAGCUCCGUUGAACAAGGCAAAAACAAAAUAUGGAAAGUGAUGCAAGGAGAUGGUUGUACAAGUAUUUUAGAAUUGAUUUUUUAAGUAACAAGCUGAAAGGUUUUAGUUUAUCAUAUAGGACUGCAAAUUAUAUAAUUUUUUCUCAAAUAUCUACGCCCUGCUUGCAACUUGCAAAACAUUGCUCAUUAUAUGUUGAAGCAUUGAAUAAUGUGUAUUUACUCUCUAUUCAUGGUAACCCCACCUCAAAUAAUGCUAUCAGCCAAGUAUGGAGUUUCAAGAUUCUUUACACCAUUUUGUUGUUUACUUCUUCUCUCAGGUGAAGAACUUAAGACGCAAGGAGAGAAAGGUGAGUGAAACAUGCGUAUUGGCUCCGUUGAACAGGGCAAAAGAAAUAUGGAAAGUGAUUCAAGGAGAUGGUUGCACUAGUAUUUUAGGCUUGAGUUUUUACGUAUCAAGCUGAAAGGUUUAACACUUUAUUUGAGUUUUUUACAUAAUUCUCCUAAUUGCAUUAUUUUCUCUCAAAUAUAUCAGCCUUGCAUGCAACUUGCAAAACAUCUGCGCCGCUCAUUACAUGUUGAAGCAUUGUAUACUGUCUAUUUACUCCAUAUUUAAGAUAACCCCUCCUCUUAUAUAAUGCAUUAACCAAGAAUGGUGUUUAAAAAUUCUAUAAACCAUAUUGCUGUUUCCUUCUUCUCCCAGGUAGUUCACCUCCCCCUGUUUCCACUGCUGAAGUAGAACUACAGGAUCUACUCGAGAAACUUCAGAAAGGGAAGAUGGAAGGUAAAUAAAUAAUGCACAUGUAGAGAGAAAGUAAUUUUACCAGAGUGGUAUUUAACACGUCAUUAUCGAAGUAUUUUUUCCUUCGGAACUCCUGCACAUGCAGCCUUCUACUGCAGUAACUAUUAACAAUUUCAAUGCUCAUUGGAGGCCUAAGACAUCAGUUACAUUACUCCAUUGGCACCUAGCACUUAGAUGGAGACUGUCUUUACGAGUGGUAAAUCCUGGCAACUCAGUCAUUAGCUGUUGCACUAGAAUAUAAAAAUAGUGAACAAAAAGGGAAAAAAAGCUGGAAAAAGUGAAUUUAUUCUGAGUGCGUGUUAAAAAUAACUUGCCUCUUAGGAUAAGCUCAUCCUGGUCUUAAAAACUUUCAAAUUUUGCUACAAAUGCAAAAUUACAGAUACUGUUUCAUGAUACCUGCAGUUUUGUACUGCACGUGUGCAGUACUUGGGAUUUGCACGCGCAUCAAAUGCCUAGUACUGUAGUGAAUACUGGAUACAAAUCUAGCAUUUUAUUAGAGUGCUUAGGUAUUUUAUAGUUGUAUCCAUUUACAACCUGGGUGUGUUAGGGCCCUGCAACCGUCAUAUUGUGCUCUAAUUUAGAACACAAUGUACACGUCCAGUUUGUAACUGGAAUUUUGUUUGUCGAACGUUGAGGAGCCUUUGAGUAAGCCACCUCAGAGUUACAAUAACAACACCACGCUACUAGACGUUAUUAUCUUUACCAUAUUGAUACUUCAACGGUACAGUCAUGAAGCUCUAGUGCAUAUCCGUGAACUGCAGUACAUGUAGGAGGGUCUCAAUGGGGCUAACCGUUAACCGUAGGAUGGCAGAAAAAUUUCGCCGUUAGGAGUAAAAAUUGACAAAUUUCAACCGCUUGUCUUAAAAGAGACCAACCGAAGAUACAUUUCUGUUGACUCCUCAACAAAAAGAAGUUAACCGUUAGCCCUAAUAUGGCCAGAAUUUUAACCGUUAGCCGUAAAAGCAAUCACCCCACUGAGACCCUCACUUAACUCAUAGAACUUUUGAAUUAAUGUUCCAUGUCAGAAAUGAUCGACAAGACAUGUUGGUGGUAUUUUUGAAUGGUAAAUGUAAAUUCAACCUUAAACUUGUCCAUGAUCUGUCACAGUUAAUGACAACAUUGACGCUUACGUUGUCGUUAAGAGCAGUGCCUUAUUUCAAUAAAUUUUCUGAACUGAGAAGGUGGCCCAAAGUUCUGAAAUAGUUUGUCUCUUUUUGUGUCCUUCAUGAUAGCAUUAGAGAACGCCAUGUAUCCGACCAUUAGAUCAGGACUGGCGAAGUUUGAUGUCAGUUUACCCGAGGAACUCCGGAGCUAUGUCGGCUACUUGUUUAAAGAGUCAGCCAAACUUGGCUUACGCAGGCAAGGUACUUAACAUUGUUAAAAUAAGCUUGUAUAAAUAUGUCCAGUUAUCUAUAUUCUGUCGUAAGAUUAUUGAGAAAUGCUGGGUUUGUGUAAUAGUAAAGGGAUUUUUUUUUUACCCUGAGUUACUAUUUCGUGUUGAGUUUGUUCGCGCUCUAAUGCCCGUUCUUAAUAAAGAAAAAAAUUUUAAAUAAACUCCUUUAUGAGGGCCGUGCGCAGUUGCGCGAGCAGGGGCAUUAAAAGCUGCACGUCUAAGCGUGCAGCCACGCGAGAAGAAAGUAGAAUGAGAAGAACGGCGGUCUUGGAAUAAAAAUCUGAUUGACUGAAUAAGAUCAAGCUGGACCGACAUGACCCUUCUACUCAGUCCAUAAGUGCAUAGAAUGCUGAUGUUAAUGCUGGUCGCUUAUGUGGUGUAACUGAAGUACUUUAGGAUCGUAUUUCCAAGAAAAAAAACGUUUCUUUCAAUUUAUCAAAACUAAUAUUUCGUUGUAACGUUUGCAAAGUGAAACCAAAUUUUUUUUCUUGUGAUUUUGAAAAUUUUCUGAAACUUUAAAACCAGAUUUGGAAAAAAAAACCAAUAACAGCAACAUCUCUGACAAGCAUUUUGGACCAUAGCCUUUUUUUAGAUUAUCAGUGAGGGUAAAGAAUAUAUUGGAAUAAAACUUUAUGACAAUGAUUUACAACUUCGCAAAUGAUUUGCUAAAAUUUUGAGACUUCUUGGAAAAGAAAGAGAAAAAAGGCCUAGCUUAAUGUUUUUGGUAUCGCACGACAUUUGUUAUUCAUACUGUCCGUCUCCUUGUUUUACGUACUGGUUUCCUUUGACUUGGAAUGAUUCAAAAAUAAGUCGAAACACUAAAACUCAAUCCUUUUUGUUUCCAACUUGCGGACUUAUUUUUUGUGGUUUGCCAGUUUGAGACAAAUGAAAUUGUAAAGGCUGUUUUUUUCGAUGUAUUGUUUUCAAUUAAAUGAUUAAUAUUUCUUGUGUUUUAAUCCUUUAGUACUCCAAUCACCUCGUGCCUUGGAGGAAUUACGAGAAGCAAUGGAUAAAGACGAAUUGAAGUCAUUCCUUAUUAUUCACAUCAGAGAAGGUGCAUCGCAAGUCGUGCUGCUGUUUUUGAAUGAGCUACCAACACGUAAACUACCGCUGGAAUGGUAUCCUGGAGUGAGUCAUGAGGUGUGGGACGAGGACGAGGACGAGGACGAGGAGAUUCGUAUACCGUUGUACAGUUCGACGUCAGGCAUAUUGAAGGCGUGGCCAACAGAGUACGACCCUGGUUUGAUAACACUGUGUAAAGCGAUCAUCAACAGGGACUGGAAAGUAACCAGAUUAAUCCUCUCCAGCAGUCGGAUAUCUGAUGAAGGUUUCAAGAACUUGAGCACCGCGCUUACUCAGAGUGAACUAUACAGCUUGACACUGUAUGGCAUUGGUUUACAAAGUCAAGGAUUAGAACACCUGUGUGAAGCGCUGAUUAGUAGUAACUGCCAUUUAACCUGCCUAAACGUCAGUUACAACAGGUUAGGAGACGAAGGAAUCAUGCGCUUGUGUAACGCGCUAACCAGCGUUAACUGUAGAUUAACAAGCUUAAACGUCAGUUGCAGUGAGUUGGGCGACAAAGGAAUCGUGUUCCUGUGUAAUGCACUAACUAGCGUUAACUGUACAUUAACCAGCUUAAACGUCAGUGGCAAUAGGUUAGGAGGUAAAGGAAUCAUGCACUUGUGUAACGCGCUAACCAGCGUUUACUGCAGAUUAACAAGCUUAAACGUCAGUAACAUUCAGUUGGGAGACAACGGAUUCAAACACUUGUGUGAUGCACUUAUUAGCAGUAACUGUGUGUUAACCAAAUUGAAAGUCGAUUGUAAUGGAUUAGGAGAUGGAGGAUUAAAGGAAUUGUCUGAAGUUUUAACAAACAGAUUCUGUACAAUAAGAAGCUUAGAAAUAUGCAACAACGAAUUUGGAGAUGAAGGAAUAAUGCAUUUGUGUAAGGCCUUGACUGAUACCAAAUGCAAACUAAGGAGCUUAGACUUCCACGGAAAUUGGAAUGUAACAGAUGAAGGCGAAGAGUAUUUGUCU